UAAGUGUGUAACUGUCAUCCGCGCAAAGCUUACUUGCUGGUAGCUUCAUGAAAACGGAGCUAGGCGCAACAAAGAAUUUAAUAAAUUGGAGUGUGCAUUUCAACGUUUUUUUACUUCUCAGCAGAGCACAAAUAAUUGUACAUAUGUAUAUAAAAAUUCAGUAUUUCAGACGAAAUUGGCUAUUGGAAUAAACGUAAAAAUAAAACUAAUCCAUCGAUUUAAAAUCGGUCCUAAACAACGGUAUGAUGAACACAUCUCAGCUGCAAGUGACCGGGAAUCCGGAAAAAAAAAGUCAGUUGCUUAAAAAGGAACUAAUGAUAAACACCCAGGAAAAGCUUAUCUUUGCAGAAAAUGCCCUCAAAAGCCAGAUUAAAAUAAAGGAGCAGUUACGACUUCAGCAACAAUCAACGAUUUAUGCGUCGUCACUAUUGAGCUCUUCUGCUGCCGGAUCAGUAAAAGCUCCGCUCUCAAACCAAAAGCACCUUAAUUCUAUCCAACACAACAUGGAUUUUAACCUUGCCCAAACUCAAAUGCCGCAAAUGCAACCACCGAUGAGUAAGUCGCCCAUUGGAUUGGAUUUCUCUUAUUUAAGUUAUCCAAGCACAAAUACUAAUGAAAGUAUGAUAUCGAUUAAAAGUGAACAACAGUUGUGUCAGAUCUACAAUUCGGAGCAACACUCUGACUACAUUAUCUCCGAUUAUAUGGAUAAAAUUGCAACAAGGAUCAGUUUACUCGAGACAGAGCUAAAGUUUGCUUGGCGUGCAUUGGAUUUGCUUUCUACGGAGUACGGAAAGAUUUGGAUUCGUUUGGAGAAGCUUGAAAACAUAUCAAUAGAACAGCAGUCUGUCGUUGGAAAUCUUGUAGAUCUUAUCGGCGCAUCAAAACAAGAACUGCAAGAAGUAGAUAUCGAAAGAAUGAAAGUACCCUUAUAUCAAGAUGAAGUUCAAUUACUACCGUUGGAAAUGGAAGACACAUUGGAUAUAGAUAUACAACCAUCUAAUCGUGACUUUGAUAAGAAACUUACUUUUGAAAAUCAUAAAAAAACUUUUAUAACAAAACAUACGCAAGCUACUGAAUCCGAAGAGUUUAUGAAUUCCGCUUGCGCAAUAGAUUCCCAUCCAAAUUUUGAAAACAUUGAAUUCAAUGGCAAAAGCUUAGACAUUGGGAUAAUACAAUUUGGGUUUGAAAAAGGCUCCGAGCCAAAACAAAAAAGUAAUCAAUCGGAUUUUGAAGCACUCAAGGAAUCAAGAAAUAAACUUUACUCAGACCCUGACCUUAUGUUAUAUGAGAGGCAGCAGUUUCUAGCACAUAGCGCUCGUGCCGAAUUAAUGAAAGAAUUUUUAAAUGGACGUCGAGUUUUAAAUGAGAUUUCGGCAUCCUCGGGUGCAUUGUCAAAAAGUUCUAAGAAGGAUAAAAAUCUUGUAAAGGCUAGAGAACCACUUUUAAGUGACAACUCGCAUUUUGAGAAAGAUGAUAAAUACAUGAGACGGCCAACCUGUGAACUGGAAAGCCCUAGUAGUAAUAGUUUUUUUCGAAUAGCAGCCUCUAGAACAGGCGAGGGUGGAAAUCAGGUUUUACCCAUUGAAGACACCGGAGGAACAGAAAGUCCAGCUAAUAUUAAUGAAGUAGACGAAUCUUUCUAUAAAAAUCUAAAUGAGGCUUAUCGUGACAAUGAAUUAAGCUCUGAGAUAUUUAAGGUUGAUGCAUUGCUACAUCAGUCUGAGGCCACACAUGACCAAAUCUCAUCUAUCCGAAACCAGUCAACUUCUUCCCCAGUUUUAAAUAAUCAGAAGGAGAAUGAUAUUACAGAUAUACAACCUUUACAGACUGCAAAGACGUGUAUCGUAACGCAGCCAAACCAACAUUUUAACAAAGAAUCAAGAAAGCAUAGAAAAAAAAAACAUCAUACAAACGAAAUGGAUAUGAUUAAUAAACUAAAGUGUAUUCUUGCACAAGCACAAUCAACACAGAUUAAGGGAGACAUUGAAGAAUUGGGUUCGAAUCUUUCAGAUCCGUGUGUUAAACAAACUGAAACGGAAAAUAAAACUCUACAAAAUAAAUCAGACAACUAUAGUAGUACCAGCUAUUUAAAAGAUGAUAUAAGAAAAAUGUUAAACAACGUAAUGCAGACCUUAUUGGGGGAAAUAACUAAAAUUAAAGGCUUACAAUCAUUGAGUGCAACGCAAAUGAGUCAGUUAAAAAAUGCUGUAUGGUCGGAGGAAAAAUUUUUUCAAAAAAUUAGCCAGGUUGAUAAAAAGUUGACUUUGCUCUUACUUAAUCCGUUAACUGUUACUGAAGAACUGCAAAGGCUUUGCAUUUUAAACACGAAUGAAAAGUUUGUUCUGGUAAUGAAGAAGUUAAACAAAAAUAUUGACACACUAAAAAAAUUAGUUGGCAGCUCAUUGGAUGAUUUUAAAAGAGAUAAUUCACAUGCAAAUAUGGCCACAUUUCACAGCCUUGAUCCAUCUCUUAAUUCUAAUGAUAGUAGUUUUAGUGCACAUUUAUUAAGAAAUAACUCCAAUCUGGAUGAACAAUUGAAAAUUCUUGAAACUCAAGAGAUUGAAAUACAUCGGAAAAAGAAAAUAGACGAAAUUGUGAGCGGACUUUCCGGAGAAACUUUUUACCCAGAUAUUGAAUAUAAAAGACAUAAUAGUUGUACCAACUCAACUGAUAAUAUUAUAGGCUUCUCAAAAAAUAUUUACAAUGAAGAUGAAUAUAUAAAGUCUUUAAAAAAGAGUCUAGAACGCCACAAUAGCAUGAUUUUUUUACUCCAUUUGCAAAAUCCUGAAAUAAACAAAGUGCUGGCUGAUAUAAGUGAUUCACAAAUGGAUUCAAAUCGAGCCAGUCUCAGUCCUCCACCACCAGCUCCAACCGAUACAGUUAACUUAAAUGAGGCAAUUAAUCAAAUUACAUAUCAACAACGAAAUGGAAAAUCAGACUCGGGCCUAUCGUCGAUGAGUGGCUGGUCAGCCAACUCCCAAGUGUCGGUUGGACUUCAAAACUUCGAUCCUACAUGUAAUAAUAUUUUGGAUAAUUGUAGCGAAAGAUUGCAAACAUACCAUUCAUUUCCUUUGGCUGAAAAUUCUAACUUUCACAGUUUCCCACUCAGUUAUGAACAAGCUCAAACUACUAAUCAAACUGAGUUUGUAAUAUUAGAAGAAAAUCUGAACUAUAUUUAUGAGCUUUCUAAAAAUUUACCUAUUUGCUCUGCAUAUGAAAAUAAAUCGAUUUUCGAUAUGAAAUAUGAAAUUUCCGAUUCGAAUGAAGUAUCCACUGUGGACGAAAUGCUGGAAUGGGACCAGCAAAAUGAACCGGAUAAACAAAACAUUUCUUCGAAACGGUUCAAAUCCAACCUUAUGCCAGAUCUCUUGACUGCGCAAAUACCGAAUUCCACAUCAAAACACAAUAAAAACACAAGUGUGAACAUUGAAUAUGUUAGACAAAAAGAAAAUAAAAGCAUGGAUAGGCGUAGCCUCACAGAACAUCAUAGAAAUAUUUAUAACGGAAAAUCGGAAAAUCAAAUGUGCAGUCCUUGUUUGACAGAUAAACUCGUAUUUUAUCCCUCAUCCAACUCUAUUUCCGAUCACAAUAGCAGCCAUGAUUUCAAUGGUUUGGGUCAACAGGAUCAAACAUGGAUUAUUAAGGAAUUCGGAUCUGCACCUUUGAAUCAAGAUUCAACGAACUAUCUUGAUUAUACUUCUGGUUCUUAUUCUAAAGCGCAGCCAAAGGUCCUUACUCACGAAACGAACUCAAGUCACCUGGAAUUCGAUCAUGAAUCAGAGUCACUGUUCAACUCUCCUAAUACUUCUAGCUAUUGUAAACAAAAGAUUGUUCCAGGAACAUCUCCAGCAAAGCCUUCAAAGGUAUGGAAAAGGCUAAAUACCAUGUUAGCAGAUAAUCUAAAGCUCAAGCGUGUAUCAAAGUUUAAUAGAUCACAGUCUUUACCCGGUGAUGUGCAAAGUCAAGGCCUCCAGAGACAGCCUCGUGGCCAGGCUGGUUCGUGUCCGUUUAUUUCCCACAAGCGAUCCAAUCUUGCCGGAAGCCCGGUUCAGUUAUCGAAAAGAAUUCAAAAGCUUCCCAUACGUUUUAUAGGACGAGCGAGAGGAGCACCAUUCGUGCGGCGUUUAUCAAGCCCGGACUCAGCUCUUUCAUUAGAUUCCGCUGCCGAUAAAUGCUUCUCAAGCGAAAAAAGUUUCAAAAAAGAAACACUUUCGUCCAAGAUGAAUAGUUUAAUGCAAAAGGCAAAGAAGUACAAACGGCACAGCUUUGUCCUGCGCCGCGGCUGUAACAUGUCGGAUUCGGAAUUAGAGGUGCCGGACUUCGUUUCAUCGGGUAACGAUAAAAGUUCAAUAUCGACAAGAGAAAUUUUGUUGAAUCAAUCGAUCGAGGUAGAAGAUGAACAAGAAGAUUUUAAUUAUAAAAAUGGGUGUGACUUUGACUCUAAAAGUGUGUUGGGUGGUUCAAUUGAGAAGCUAAAUGGCAACCUAACAAAUAAUCUAUUUCCCAUUGUAGGUGACCUAAAAAAAAUUCAAAGCCGCUUACCACUGGCUGUCUCAACAGAAAUUCCACCUUAUGAGGAUGAAAAUAGCAAUAAAUCCGAAAAUAUCAAAAAUUCACCCAUUGAAAUGCCAAAGAUUCUCUUAGAAAUGGCAUGCAAUCAAGAACUCAAUUUAGCACAUUCUGACGACGAUGUUGAUAAGAACUUACUGGGAAACUCGGUCAAAGACUAUGUAAAUGCCCCCACCUUUAGUAUAUUAGAGACAAUUGAAGAUACUUCCGAACCAACGAUGACACCACUCCUUACGGCAACAACGACAAACAGCAGUCUAAAUGCCAAUGGCACAAGCGCUUUAUGGGUCACGCAGCAGUGCUUAGACCUUCCAAACUAUCCCGGGUGGGGGUCGCGAGAAGAUGACGAUAACCGCAGUCAGCAUUCUGCUCGCACUCUCUCUUCUUCUCGUCGACAAAGCACGGAGGAUAGCAUUGAUACAGACGAUGAAUACUUUUAUUAUGAGCUUCGCCAGUUAGAAGAGCAAGAAAAGCAAAGAGCGCACACUUCUGCAAUUUCAUCUUGCGAAGGACAAAACGAUGAUGAUGCGUUGUUUUCACAAAUUGGACAACUUCUUCAAAAUGAUGUUAACGGAGGAGACUGUUUUCGCCAUUCUGAUGCCUGUAAUGAUGGGGAAGACGAUAUUAUUUAUUCUCCAAGUGAAAGUGUAAAGUUCCGAAUGUCUGAAGUGUUUAAUGAACUGAAAAGCGUGGUUAGUUUAAGCCCAAGCGUUAAUAAAGACAGGGAGGUAUACGCAGUGUCUGUCGCGACUUUUGAGGGUGCUUCUAUUGUAAAACCAACAUAUGAAAAACUUGGGACAGUCUCCGACAUGCAUAGUGCUUGGCAGGAUGUGAAUGGUGAUUUACAGGUUGCAGCUUCAGAAAUCGAUUCUAAUGAAGAUCUAGUUGCAAAUAAGGGUAAGGAAACACUAUUUUAUAACAAACAGCGAAAAUUGAGACGGUUAAAGAAAAGAACACGCGAUCGUAAAAUAAAUAUAUCUAACAAUGCAGCCAGUUCUAGUUCCUCAUGCCAUUCAGAAAAUGAAUGUAAUACACCCCUUGGACAAUGUACCCAGAAAUCGGUGGCAGAAAAAGACGAAAACUAUAUAUCAAAUAAAUCUGAGGCUUCUAGCGAGACAUCAGGACCAGAUACGCCGGCAGAGCUUAGCGAUGUUGAGAUAAGCGAAACUGAAAACGGUUUGAGGGCUGACGACGGCCAGAAUAUAAAUAACAUGCAUUUAAAUUCAGGGCCUGUUUUAAAGGUGAAUCGGAAGUACCUAUUACAAUGUGAUGUUGACCACAAUUUAAUAAACCAGCCUCUGGAAACAUCUCAGUAUAAUACGAACAUGUUGGAGAAUGUUACAAGUGCAUCAAUUCCAUCGCAGAGCCAAAUUGACUCGAAAACGUUAAUUAGUCAAGGCUCACUUGCGGAUGGAUCCCAAGCUGUAGGCAAUGAAACAGCUGAAGGUCUAAGCAGUAGCAAGUGGAAAUUGUUAAAAACUUUAAAAGAGCGCAAGAUCGAGGAGAAAAAUAAUCAAGAUAAAAUAAAAGAAGAUGAAAUGAUAAAGGACAGGGACAAGAAUGGAGGUGGUCCUGGAGAAGUGGGAUUACGUACGAAUGGUCAUCCCGGUGACAAUCCAUUCUAUAGCAAUAUUGACAGUAUGCCGGACAUAAGGCCUCGAAGAAAAUCCAUUCCUCUUGUGUCUGAGUUGGUUCUCAAGACCAUGGCCGCUACAAAACGAAAUGCUGGACUCACAUCUGCUGUUCCACGUGCAACGCUGAAUGACGAAGAUCUGAAAAUGCACGUGUACAAAAAAGCUCUACAAGCCCUGAUAUACCCUAUAUCCUCAACAACUCCCCAUAAUUUUUUGUUAUGGACUGCCACGUCACCAACGUACUGCUACGAGUGUGAGGGUCUUUUGUGGGGAAUAGCACGACAAGGGGUGCGAUGCACUGAGUGCGGUGUAAAGUGUCAUGAAAAGUGUAAGGACCUGCUGAAUGCGGACUGCCUGCAGCGUGCCGCUGAAAAGAGCUCAAAGCACGGCGCGGAAGACAAGGCUAACUCGAUUAUUACAGCGAUGAAAGAUCGUAUGAAGCAACGUGAACGAGAGAAGCCGGAAAUUUUUGAGUUGAUUAGGAUGACAUUCGGUGUGGAUCCCGAUACACAUAUAGAUUCAUUAGAGCAGGCUGAGCACGCAACAGUUGAGGGAACAUCUAAGUGGUCAUGCAAACUAACAAUUACAGUGAUUUGUGCUCAAGGCCUGAUAGCGAAGGAUAAAAGCGGUACCAGUGAUCCAUAUGUGACGGUGCAGGUUAGCAAGGUGAAAAAACGAACGCGAACAAUGCCGCAGGAACUUAACCCUGUGUGGAACGAGAAGUUUCACUUCGAGUGUCACAACUCCUCUGACCGCAUUAAAGUUCGUGUUUGGGACGAAGACAAUGACCUAAAGUCGAAGCUGCGUCAGAAGUUAACUCGAGAGUCGGACGACUUUUUGGGACAAACAAUUAUCGAGGUUCGUACUCUUUCCGGUGAAAUGGAUGUAUGGUACAACUUGGAGAAGCGCACAGAUAAAUCGGCCGUGUCAGGCGCGAUACGGCUUCACAUAUCUGUUGAAAUAAAGGGCGAGGAAAAAGUAGCUCCUUACCAUGUACAAUAUACCUGUUUACACGAGAACCUCUUUCAUUAUCUUUGUGAAGAAAAUACUGGAAUGGUCAAGUUGCCAACUCAAAAAGGGGACGAUGCUUGGAAGUUGUAUUUUGAUGAAAUACCCGAAGAGAUUGUCGACGAGUUUUCUAUGCGUUAUGGAAUUGAGAAUAUUUAUCAAGCUAUGACACAUUUCCACUGCUUAUCCGCUAAAUACCUAUGUCCUGGGGUGCCCGCUGUAAUGAGUACCCUAUUGGCAAACAUAAAUGCUUAUUAUGCUCAUACGACUGCUUCGUCAGCUGUAUCGGCCAGUGAUAGAUUUGCUGCCAGCAAUUUUGGGAAAGAAAAAUUUGUUAAGUUGCUGGACCAGUUGCACAACUCACUGAGGAUCGAUUUGUCAAUGUACAGAAAUAACUUUCCUGCAUCGAGUCCAGAAAAGCUAAUGGAUCUAAAAUCUACAGUCGAUUUAUUGACCAGCAUAACAUUUUUCCGCAUGAAGGUACAAGAGCUAUCCAGCCCGCCGAGAGCAAGUACAGUAGUCAAGGAUUGUGUUAAAGCAUGCCUUAGAUCCACUUAUCAAUUUUUAUUUGAAAAUUGUUAUGAACUCUACAACAGAGAAUUUCAGGUUGAUCCCAACGAAGCAAAACGUGCCCCAGAUGAUCAUGAACCCAAGCUUGAUAGCGUCGACUUUUGGCAUAAGCUAAUAGCUUUAAUCGUAUCGGUAAUAGAUGAAGACAAAAACAGUUACGGAACGGUUUUAAAUCAAUUUCCCCAAGAGCUAAAUAUUGGACAGUUAUCAGCAUCUUCAAUGUGGCAUCUCUUUGCUGUGGACAUGAAGUACGCCCUCGAGGAGCAUGAGCAGCAUCGUCUGUGCAAGUCAUCGGCUUAUAUGAACCUUCAUUUUCGAGUUAAGUGGCUAUAUAGUAACUACGUCAAAGAGGUGCCUCCCUACAAAGGAGCGGUUCCCGAUUACCCAGCAUGGUUCGAGCCUUUUGUGAUGCAGUGGCUGAAUGAAAAUGACGAUGUGUCAUUGGAAUACCUUCAUGGCGCAUUUAAGAGGGAUAAAAAAGACGGGUUUCAAAAGAGCAGCGAGCACGCGCUUUUUUCAAAUUCUGUAGUCGACGUUUUUACGCAAUUGACGCAAUGUUUCGAUGUUGUUAGCAAACUCGAGUGUCCUGAUCCAGAAAUUUGGAAACGUUACAUGAGGCGUUUUGCUAAAACAAUCGUAAAAGUGCUAAUAGCCUAUGCGGAUAUUGUGAAACUUGAGUUUCCAGAGCAUAUGAAGGAUGAAAGAAUUGCUUGCAUACUUAUGAACAACAUUCAGCAACUAAGGGUGCAGCUAGAAAAAAUGUUUGAGUCUAUGGGUGGGGAUAAGCUAGAGGAAGAUGCAGCCAAUAUUUUGAAAGAACUACAGCAAAAUCUUAACUCUGCGUUGGACGACUUAGCUUCACAAUUCGCUAUCAGUUUGGAGCCACGAAUAACUCAAUCAGUGCGAGAACUUGGAGACAUGCUGCUUUCUAUUAAGGGAGGCAGUGGAACCCUUGCUGCUGGUAAUCUUGCAGCUCAAAGGAACGCGGUCGCCGUUGAGGCCGAUGAAGUUUUAAGGCCGCUUAUGGAUUUACUUGAUGGCUCUUUAACUCUCUAUGCGCAAUCAUGUGAAAAAACCGUGCUAAAGAGGUUACUAAAGGAGUUAUGGAAGAUCGUAAUGCGAAUAUUAGAGAAAACAAUUGUUUUACCACCUAUGACUGAUAAAACUAUGAUGUUUAAACACCUUACUGACAAUGCAAAAAACUUGGCAUCCAAUGCAAAAAUUGAAGACAUGGGUCGUUUGUUCAAGUCACAUAUGGCAGGAAAACAGGAUGUUAAGAGUGCUCUGAGCGGGGUAAUGGACAUAUCAAAAGAAGUUGAAAAAAACUUGUCACCCAAGCAAUGCGCAGUGCUUGACGUUGCAUUAGAUACAAUAAAACAAUACUUUCACGCGGGUGGCAAUGGACUGAAAAAGACAUUUCUCGAAAAGUCGCCCGAGCUUCAGAGUUUACGUUACGCACUCAGUUUAUAUACACAAAUGACCGACACACUAAUCAAAACCUUUAUAUCUAGCCAAGUUCACGAAGUCGAUCUAGAAAACUCAGAGGAAAGUGUCGGGGAAAUAUCCGUACAAAUAGACUUAUUUUCCCAUCCAGGCACCGGUGAACAUAAAGUAAACGUGAAAGUUGUUGCGGCUAAUGACCUUAAAUGGCAAAUACCAUCGGGUAUGUUCAGACCAUUUGUUGACAUUAAUUUAAUAGGACCGCACCUGCAAGAAAAAAAAAGAAAGUUCGCUACAAAGUCGAAGUCUAACAACUGGUCGCCUAAAUACAACGAAUCUUUCAGCUUUACCAUUGGAAAUGAGGAGCAGCUGGACUUCUUUGAAUUGCACAUUUGCGUUAAGGACUAUUGUUUUGCUCGUGAUGACCGACUUGUAGGCGUGGCUGUAAUUCCAUUAAAAGAUAUAUCGGAAAAGGGAUCCGUCGCAUGCUGGCUACCCUUAAUGAGACGAAUUGAAAUGGACGAAACAGGCUGGACCAUUUUAAGAAUUUUGUCACAGCGAAAUAAUGAUGAAGUGGCCAAGGAAUUUGUCAAGCUGAAAUCGGAAAUACGGCAGGAGCCAACCAUGGGCACAUAAAUCGGGCACCUCGUACUACAAAAUCCUCAAAACUCCUACAAUAUUAAAUACAACAUAACAUUGUUUAAUUUGACAAAACAACUUUAUUUGAAUUUAUUUUUUAUAGAGGUUUUUAUUACAAGAAAUCCUAGGCAACAAUGCAAAUAGAAGAAAUCAUAUGAAUAUAAAUAUAUAUCUAAAAACCUAAAGUAUGAUAAAUAAUAUGUAUGUCUGGUCAGGUAUACAAAAAUAAUACGUUUAUUACGUUAAAAAUGUAUGUUUUAAGCAAUUUUAAAAUGCGCACUCACACACUUUCAAAAAAUAUUCUACUAUUUCUGUCUUUAGGCGCUUGUACAUUUGUACAUAAUGCAGGGCAGACACUGAAUUUGUUAUUUUUAAAUUCAUUAUCAUCUGUACAUUCUAAACUCACAACACGCACAUUCCUAUUUAUGUAAAUAAGUACCUGUAUAAUAAUUAAUUGGUAAUUCUUGAAAACAUUUGUUAAAGAUUCUUCACAGAAGUCCAUGUGAAUCUUUAUUUUUUUCUAUUGCAAUAAAAUAAAGUAUAUUACGUAAAUCGUGGAAAUAAUAA